UGUCAUCAUUUCGCCGGCGCCGCUAGUGUUUUUUCUUCUUUUUCUUCAUCUUUAAAAACCGGAGAGAGUAUUUUUUCAUCAUCAAAACAAUUAAUAACAACAAACAACAACAAUGAGCAGUAUUUUAAAUAAUAUUAACCUUGGACCAUUGUGUCUUGUAGGAGGUGGUCUUGCUCUUCUUUCCUAUUUUUCUGUUGAAGAAUAUCUUAUUACUAAAUACAAUAGAGAAGAAUUAUAUAUUGCAUUGAAUGAAUUACAUCAUUCUAAUGCCGAGAAUAGAGAAAAGGCAGCCUUGUUCAUUUUCGACUAUAUUAGUAACAGAGAAACUGUUAAAAAAACCAAAGAUCCAGCUGAAGAAAAGAAGGAUAUUCUCUAUGAAAAUGGUACUUUAAAGAAGUGUUUAAAUUUACUUACAAAUUUUGAUGAUAAUACUGAAAAGACUGUUCAAUGUGCUUUAAUUAUUAUUCGUGAAAUUAUUUCCGGACCAGUUGCUAUUGAAAGAAGACGUCAUUUCAAUUUAUCAUUGAAAGGAUUACCUGUUUUGUUUGAAUCAAGUUUAGGUGAUAAUGAAAAGGUUGUUAUGCCAUCAUUGCGUGCAUUAAAGUCAAGUACAACAUUUGAAGCUGCUAAGAGAGAAUUAGAAGAUGAUAUUCCAAGAGGAUCAGAAGGUGGUUCACUCUUAUUGAAGUAUAUUGAUGAAGAAUCAUUAUCUAAAUUUGUUUCCAAGUUAGAAAGUGAAAAUACUGAAAUUUUGAGAGGUGUUACUUCAACUCUUUCACAUAUUUCACAUACACCAAAGGGUGCUAAAAUGUUAUCUGAAAUUCCAGAUGCUGUUCCUUUACUUUUAUCUUUAUUAAUUUCUCAUGUUGAAAAUAUUUGUAAGAAUGCUGUCAUUUCAAUUUCAAAUAUUGCUAAGGUUGAUUUUGAAUCACAUGAAGAAUCAUUGUUGACUGCUUUGAAACCAAUUCUUAGAUCUUUGAAUAUUCAAACCAAGGUACCACAAAAGAUUGCUAUUUUGGAAUUUGUUGCUUCAUUGACUCAUUAUCUUUCAAAGAAGGAUAUUUCUGAAAGAGAUAAAAUUGCUAGCUAUUUACUUGAAAUGAAGGAACCAUGCGAAUAUUUAUUUAGACUUUCUGAAGCUGAAACUCCACAACUUGCUGCUCCUGCAAAGAUUUUCGCUGAUGCUUUCACUCAAAUCACUUUUACUAAUCUUGCUUCUACUUUUGAAUCAAUCAAGAAGGAAGUUCAUUUAAGAAUUGAAAAGGAACAAGAAGAAAAGGUUAAAAAGAUGAUUCAACAUAUGCGUCAAAUGGGUAUUGAUAUACCUCCACACGUUUUAAGCACAAUGUCUCCAACUGAAAUUCAACAAAUAUAUUUCCAAAUGAUGCAACAAAUUGGUAUGAUGUAAUUAAAAUAAUAAUAUUUAAU